UCGACUGCAUUGCAUCAAGCAUAAGCAGCACGUGUUUUUCUUCUAACAUUAAACAAACAAUUUUAGGGUAUAUAAACUUGCACCGUUGAAGGAUAGAGUAUCACUUUCAUUUGAUAACUUGAGUAAUCAACAACAAACCAAACAAAAUGUUCAGAUACGUCGCUUUGAUCGCCCUUAUUGGAUUCUGCGCUGCUGCUCCUUUGGACAGCGAGGUCGGUGCUGAGACCAAGGCUUUGGAAAACGAAAUCUCCCCAGAAGGUGUCUUCCACUAUGCUUUCCAAACCUCAAACGGAAUCGAUGUUAACUCUGCUGGUGACGCCAACGCCAUCCAAGGAGCUUACAAAUACGUUUCACCCGAAGGACAAGCUGUUGUAUUGAGCUACGUUGCCGAUGCUGAUGGUUACCAUCCAUCUGGUGAACUUUUGCCAACUCCACCACCAGUGCCAGAACUUAUCGUCCGUGCUCUGUCAUACCUUGCUGCCCAUCCACAAAAGGAGGAACCCAUCCGCAAGCUUUUGUAAAAAAAACGUGAUAAGUUAAAGAACAAAAACAAAAACAAAAAAAAAACUAUGAUAUAAAUAAAUACAACCUGAUGGCUGUUUUGUUUUAAACCGAA